CUAUCCACGAAGACUCGUAUUUUUAGUAGAUUUUUCGAUAUACUGAGUUGGACCUGGUACUUUAAAAGUCCAUGUGACACAAAGAUACAUUUGGGGCUUUAAAAAAAGUUAAACAAGAUUCUGAACUGCAUUAAUAAUUAGGAUUUUUAACUGUACAUCAAGUGUCGGCAAAAAAUGAAGAUUUUCGAGAGACUAAAAUACCUGCCGAUUCUGCUGUUUCUAUUAAUUUUACAUCUGCGGACGGCUAAUAUGGCAGCGGUCAUGUCUGUGGAUCUUGGGAGUGAAUGGAUGAAGGUUGGUGUAGUAUCACCAGGCGUCCCGAUGGAGAUAGCACUUAACAAAGAGUCUAAGCGAAAGAGUCCAAUGUUCAUUAGUUUCAAAGAUAAUGUAAGACUUUUUGGGGAAGAUGCGCAAAAUCUAGGAUUAAGAUAUCCCACAAAUUCGUUUGGAUACCUAACUGACCUGAUUGGAAAAUCGAUCGAUAAUCCUGUAGUAGAGCUUUACAAGUCUAGAUUUCCUUGGCAUAACAUUGUGGGAGAUGAAAAACGAAACACUGUUGUAUUCAAAAAUGGCAACGAAACAUAUAGUGUCGAGGAGCUUUUGGCUCAAAUCCUAGAAAAGGCAAAAGAAUUUGCGCAAGAUUAUACUGGCCAAGCAGUCACUGAAACUGUAAUAGUUGUUCCAGGGUAUUUUGGCCAAGCUGAGAGAACUGGAAUGAUGCGUGUAGCACAACUUGCCAAUUUGAAAGUUUUACAAUUGAUCAAUGAUUAUUCAGCAGUCGCUUUAAAUUAUGGUAUAUUUAGACGAAAAGAAAUCAAUGAGACUGCACAAUACUUUGUAUUUUACGAUAUGGGUGCAUACAAGACUGUUGCAACAGUGGUAGCGUAUCAAACGGUUAAAGAUAAAGCAACACGAGAAAUUUUACCGUCUCUUCAAGUGUUAGGCGUUGCCUAUGAUAGGACAUUAGGAGGUCUUGAAAUGCAAAUAAGGUUGCGUGACUUUCUAGCAAAAAAAUUCAACGAAAUGAAGAAAACUCAAACCAACGUAACUACGAAUCCCAGAGCAAUGAUGAAAUUGUUCAAAGAAGCUGGCAGAGUAAAAAAUAUUCUUAGUGCAAACACUGACACAUUCGCACAAAUCGAAGGGCUAUUAGAAGAACACGACUUUAAAGUUAAAGUAACAAGGGAAGAAUUUGAGCAACUCUGUGACGACUUGUUGGAGCGUGUACCAAAUGUUUUGACGAAAGCGUUGGAAAUUUCAGAACUUCCAAUCGAGACGAUAAAUCAAGUAGUAUUAGUUGGUGGUAAUACGAGAAUGCCUAAAGUACAAGAAACAUUAAAAAGUAAAAUUAAAUUGGAUCUUGCUAAAAAUAUUAAUGCAGACGAAGCAGCUGCAAUGGGUGCCGUAUAUCGUGGUGCAGAUCUAGCAACUGGAUUCAAAGUUAAAAAGUUUUUAACAAAGGAUGCUGUUUUAUAUCCAAUACAAAUUACAUUUGAUCGUGUCGGAGAAAGUGGAACAGUACGAGAGGUUAAAAGAACAUUGUUUGGCCCUAUGAAUGCGUAUCCAUCCAAAAAAGUAAUAACAUUUAACAAAAACACAGAAGAUUUUCAUUUCGAUGUAAAAUACGACGAAUUGAAUCACCUAAGUGAAGACGAGGUCAAAUGUCUUGGAUCGAAAGUUCUUAGUCGUGUUCAGCUUAAAAAAAUAUCAGAAAUUUUACAGAAUAAUUUGGCAGAAAAUGUAGCAUCAAAAGGAAUCAAGGCCCAUUUCUCGCUGGACGAUUCUGGAAUCUUUGAUUUAGUUAACGUUGAAUUGUUAAUGGAAAAAACAGUUUCGCCUGACGAUGACCAAAAUGCUUUCCAAAAAAUUAGCAAUACUAUCAGCAAAUUAUUCUCUGGAAAAGACGAAGAAUCUGAAUCUGGUGCAAAUCCUACAGAGCCUGAGCCGCAAGCAGAAGAAUCUAAAGAAAACAAUAAAACGACAAAUGAUACACAAGAUUCUUCUUCCAACCAAACGGAGAAUCAACAAUCAGCAGGAGAACAGAAUAAAACUGAGCCCUUAAAAAUCGUUACUUUAAAAGAACAAGUUCCGAGCGAAGUAUCGGUUUUGUAUGUUGGUCCCCUAGACGGAGAACAGUAUGCUGCUUCCGAGAAAAAGAUAAAUGAUCUGAACAAAAUUGAACAAGAGAAAAAAAGAUUUGAAAAUGCCAUGAAUGCUUUAGAAUCAUAUGUUAUUGACACGCAAAUGAAAUUAGACACGGAGGAAUACAAAAGCUGUGCAUCAGAAGAGGAAAUAAAAAAUAUUCUGGAUAUGUGUGCAAAAACAUCAGAUUGGAUUUAUGAAGAUGGAAUGGAUGCUGAUGCUUCUAUGUAUGAAGAAAAAUUAGAACAAUUAAAAAGUUUGGCCAAUGAAAUAUAUGCCAAGCAUUGGGAGCACAACGAACGUCCGGAAGCAUUAAACGCCUUAAAAUCUAUGAUAAAUGGCUCCGAAGGCUUUUUGGCAACUGCUAAGAACCUAACUAUUGACAAAAAUCCAGACAGAGGAGUUUUCACUCAGGUAGAAAUCAAUAAUCUUGAAAAGGUAAUAAAAGAAACAAUUGCUUGGCGCGAUAAUGAAGUCAAGGAACAGGAAAAACUGGCGAGAUCAGAUCCAGUCCGUUUAACGGUAAAAAUGCUAACAGAAAAAAUGUCUUUAUUGGAUAGAGAGGUUAAAUAUUUGGUGAAUAAAAUAAAACUAUGGAAGCCUAAACCUGCACCAAAAGAUAAAGAUGAAAAAAAUGCAACUAAGACUGAAGAGGAAGAGGCUAAACCUGAAGCAGAGCAACAACAUUCUGAAAAUAAUACGGACAAUAACAAAGAUGAAACUAAAACUACAACUGAUGAUACAUCUAAAGUCGGAGAGUCGGAGCAAAUAAACGAUCAAUCAAAAGAAGAUAUUGAAAACCAUUCAGAGCUUUAAACGAUAAUUAUAUUAGUGAAACCUAAAAAAAUUAAUUGACUUGCAAAAGUUAAAUUCCCUAACUUGUAUGUAUUUAUAAAGACAGACUUAAGUUAAAAGAAAGAACCAUUAAAUAUGCAAGUAUAGUUUAAAUUUAUUAUUAUUAUAAUUUAUUAGUGUUAUAGCUCAAAACAAAACAAAACAAACUAAAAUUAAAGCAGUGUGUAAUUUUCUUAAUUUGUGAUGAGCAUAAAGUGA